AUGCGUGGAGUUGCGACAAACAAAAAACUACGAGAAAUUAUAAUUUCUCAGUACCACAGAGAUUCAAAAAGAAACAAAACCGGAGUCAAAAAACAACUAGCGAAAUUAAAAAGUAAUAAAACUCUCAAACAAAAUGAAAAUGACUGUUUUGAAAAUGAAGAAAUGUUACACCCUAGAGAAGAAACACGUUAUAAUAACUUUAACACCUUGUUCAAGACUAGGUCAGGAAGAAGAGCUUUAGCAACUCUUUUUGAUGAAGCUGGCAGCCAAAUUUCUGGUGAAAUCGUAGCUAUAUUGGUUGCUCUAGGAAAAAUUGCAUCAGCUUGCAUAGCUUACAAUCUCAUCGAAAAAUUGGGGAGAAAAACUUUAAUAUUGAUCUCCAGUGGUGUAUGUGGUGUUUCAAUGUUAAUGUUAGGAAUUUACUUUUAUUUUAAAGAAAACGACGUGUAUAUACCUGAAAAGGUUAACAUUAUACCGGUUAUAUUUAUAGUAACUUUUACCGUUGUGUAUAGUUUUGGACUUGCCCCAGUACCUCUUAUAAUAAUUAACGAAUUGCUUCCUAAUGAAGCCAGGUCUUUAGGGGCUAGUAUAGUUUUCUGGACGUCUAAUAUUGUUUUUUUUAUAAUAACUUUUGCAUAUCCACUUGUAGCUGAAUAUUUGGGAAUACACGUUUGUAUGUUCACAUUUAGUGCGUUUUGUUUCAUCGGAUUUGUUUUUGUAUUGUUUAUUUUGCCCGAAACCAAAGGUAAAAGUUAUUCAGAGAUUCAAGAAAUGUUAAAUAAAUAA